CGGAGCGGAAGCAGUGUGUGUGUCUGUGAGUGUGUGUCUUUCCGCUGGUGCCGGACAGCUGCUGCCACACUGGACUCAUCCGAACUGAGUAGGACCCGGAACCGUCCCGUCGCGGGUGCUCGAGUGUCCUCAGAAUUCCUGUGAUGCCCCAGGGCGGGCGGAGCUGGCCGGGGUCGCGAUGCCGUACAAGGACCGUCAGAAUCGCAGCUGUGGCUUCCUGGACAUCGAGGAGAAUGAGAGCAGCGGCAGGUUCCUGCGCAGAUACUUCAUCCUGGACACGCAGCAGGGCAGCCUGCUGUGGUACAUGGACAACCCACAGAAUCUGCCUAAAGGUGCAGAGAAGGUGGGCUCUCUGAAGCUCACCUACAUCUCGAAGGUCAGUGAUGCCACCAAACUCAGGCCAAAGGCAGAGUUCUGCUUCGUCAUAAAUGCAGGAAUGAGGAAGUUUUACCUGCAAGCCAACGACCAGCAGGACUUAGUGGAAUGGAUCAGUGUUCUCAACAACGCCACCAAGAUUACUGUGCCAAAGCCCGGCGAGGGCCACACUGCCCACACAGAGACGCCGCAGGACGUCCUGGGAAUGAAGCAGGUCUCCUACAAGACGGAGAUCAUAGGAGGGGUCCCUAUCACCACCGCUACUCAGGAGCAGGGAGAAGGGCAGAACGGGGCGGAGCGAGGGGGGGUGAAGCGGACUCAGAACCAGCUGCCCUACUUCCUGUCCAGAGGAGCCCAGGACCAGGCCGUCAUCAAGGCCGGCUACUGCGUCAAACAAGGAGCUGUGAUGAAGACGUGGAAGAGGAGGUACUUCAUGCUGGAGGAAAACGCUCUCAGCUACUACAAAUCUGACCAGGAGCGCGAGGCGCUGAGAGUCAUCGCUCUGAAGGAGAUUCACAAAGUUCAGGAGUGUAAACAGAGCGAGCUGAUGAUGAGGGACAAUCUGUUUGAGAUGGUCACCAGCUCCAGGACCUUCUACAUUCAGGCUGACAGUCCAGAGGACAUGCACAGCUGGAUCAAAGCCAUCUCAGGAGCCAUUGUGGCUCAGCGUGGCCCCGGACGCUCGGCCAACACUGAACGCAGUGACCUCUCUUCUCCCUCCCCAACGUCCUCCUCCACCUUCUACUACCCCCUCGAGCCGGAGCUACACUACCCACAAUCCUCCACCCGCCGCUCCUCAGCGGGUUCUCAGCCUCACGCUGGACACGCACCAGCCGGACAACUUCCUGGGCCUGCUUCCCUGGAGGCUGAGCCCGUCCGUGAUGGGGGCCCUCCCUCCGGCGCGCUCCCGCCUGUCCCUGCAGGAGACGGUGCAGUCCUCAAAGUGACGGAGAACCAGUCACCGUGGAAACGCCGCAGCGAAAUGGGUGAGCUGGCGUUAGAUGGCAGCAGCGGAGAGGAGGAGCUUAACCGCUGCACCCCCGAGAAAUCUGACCUGCAAAUUACCCUCAUUUGAUGAAGAUCAAACUGAUGAUGAUCGACAAUCUCUUGAGGACACACACACACACACACACACACACACCACUUUUACACACUUAUACACAACCUCCGUAUGAUCCUCCUACUAAACAUGUUCCCAGUCGGUUCCUUCCUGGGAACAUGUUUUUAAAGUAUGUGCACAUAGGUUGGAUCUCCUUCUUCUCCAGUUCUCUUCUGGCGUCUUCCAGCGUUUCAUUCACCAGAUGUUGCUGCUGACAGACAAACACUGUGUCGUCACGCAAAGAGAAAUACACCUGAGGUCUUCUACCUGAACUUUCAGAAGAACCGUUAAACUCCCUCAGCUCUCGCCUGGUCACAGAAACAUCUGUGUAAAUCUCUGAGGUCGGUGGAAACACUCGUCUGUGUCGAGAUCGAUUCUUUUGAAUUCUAACAUGAAAUUGUCACAUUUUCAGCCGUCUUGACAAACGUAGAGAAAUAUAAACCUUUUCACACUUUUUAAUUUUAUGCUCCAUGCUCCACAAAUGCAGCGCAGCAAUGUUCGAGUUCCUGGUACAAAUAUAUCUGUGCGGACUUCUUUGCUUACUGGUUGUUAGCUUAUAUAUUUAUAUAUACAGUAUAUAUAUUAAAACAUGUUCAGCAUCAACCAACAGCAGCGUCAUGUGGCACUAAACAAACCGUGGCCCCCUGGUGGCAGCCAGCCGCCGGGGGGCAAUCCAGAUGUUUUGGCUUCCUUUUGGGAGAUGUCGUCCAUUUUGAUUUACAGUGGAGUGACUGUAGUUCCUUUAUAAGCUGAGUUGCAGAUAUUUUCACACCUGUAUAAGCUUUUUAUAGAUUUUAGAACGAUUUUUAAAAAAGAUGAAAUUUACUAAAGAUACAAUCUUUGAUUCUGUUCCUGAUGUGACGCUUUCUGUUCUUCACAGAAAACCUCCAGACAAUCUGAGCUCAGUGCGUAAAGUCAAACUCUUGAAUAUAAGAACUUAAAGAAACUGCUCUGGACUGAAGAGAUGAUCCAUGUUCCCGUUGUUUAACUCCACCUGAUGUCCAUGUGUUGGUUUAAAUGUUUAAAUAAGGAUCUUAGUUUAAAGAUGUUGGCAGACAGACACACAUUGUUCAUUUGUAAAUGUUGUUUUUGAACUUUCAGCCGUUUUUCAGGUUUCUCUUCCGUCGGCUGCGAACGGUUGUGGGUUUUUGUCUUUUCUGGUCUGAUGUGCUUUUACUUUGAUAGUUUUAUUAUUGACAGUGAUGAGAGAAAAAAAACAUGUAUGUUGUUUACUGACUUUUAUACACACACACACACACACACACACACACACCCUGCCGCACCAUGUUAAACAGACACUGGGUGAAGUGCCUGCAUCUAAAGAGCUGAUUAGAAAACAAAGAGCCGUUUUGACCCUUUUCAGUGUUUCUUCUUGAUUCUUGGACCAUGUGCUGUAUUUAUUAAAAUAAACUUCAGAAUAAUUUUCA